GAUGUUGCAAGCGUUUAGAUAAGAGAGGCUUUGUUAGUGACCUGCGGAAAAUUGUAGGCUUAAGUGAGCUUAUUUUGUAAAUACCCUAUUUUGUAUAUAGUACUGUACAUGAUGAGUUCCGCCACAACACAAAGAGCUGGAAGAGCACCGAAAGAUAAAAAUAAACCGCAGCCCUCACAUUCUACUAUGAAGCCUGCACCACCGGAAAAUUUGAAAACAUCAGAUGGCGUUGUGUCAAAAAUACAACCCACUGCUGAGCAACUGAGAAUAGCUCAGAUUGUGAAUGAUACAAAACAUUCUGAUUAUCCUGAUCUGAAAGACAAGGUUGAAAGAAUUAUUGAAAUAACUGGACAAACCAGUGAUGCCGCAUUGGUAGCCUUACAUGACUGCGAUAAUGAUUCAAACAGAGCUACUAUUAUGUUGUUGGAAGGGAAUCAGGAUGAGGGCAAGUGGGAAACCUCUGGUAAAAAGAAAAAGAAUCGUCAGACACAGCAAAAAGCUCCAGAGGUCAAUGGCCACGAUCCGGUUCCUGUUGAGAAAGAGGAAAAAGAGCCUGUAGAAAGCACAAAUAAACGAAGAGAACCUAAACAGAGAGAUGGUGGCUAUCGCUACAGAGGUCCGCCGAGGAUGAAUCGUGGAGGAAAUAAUAGGCGGAAUUGGCGAAACAAAGAAAAUGAAAAAAAUGAAAGGAAUUUGCAAGAAGGUAGAAGAGAGAGAAAUAGUGAUGGAAGGUCUCGGGGUCCCCGUAAGCAUUUUUCCUCUGGUCGGGGCCGGGGGAGAGGAGGUCGGAGUAGAACGUUUCAGAAUAGAGGUUUACAAAACAAUGAUGGUUUCCCAGAAUCCAUUGAUACUUGGACUAAUAGUACGGCAGAAAAAGUCAACAUGUCCAACCCUGCUGAUGCUACCAUGACUGUUGGUAAUUGGUCUGAUGUUGCUGUUACGGAAGAAUGGAGUGAAGAAGAUUGGGCAGAAAAUCUAACAGAAACCAAAGUCUUUACACCCAGUGCUGGAACGCAGUCAUCAGCAGUUGCAUCAGCUCUAGACAUUCCAACAGCUACUGCAUUGGGUCAGAACAUCGACUUGACUAGUUUCCUCCAAAAAGCAUCCUCUGGUACAGAUCAAGUAUCGAAUUCCAUCGCUGGAGGCUCUGUAAACCAGCAGAAUCAGUCCUCACUUAUGUCUCAGCAGAUAGUAACACAGAUGCAAGCACCAAGUGUUGCGCCUCAAUCUCAGUCACCUUUUGAUUUCAGUCAGUUUGCUAAACAGGCAGCUGAAAGUAUCAAAGCAGCAGUAGGGGUUGGCACUGUACAGAACACUCCAUCAACACCAUCCAUAAAUAACAGCUCCUUUCAGUCCAGUAGUGGAUCCUAUCAAUCUAGUUUUAAUGUGAAUAACAGCAGCAAUCAACAUCAUGUUCAGAUUCCCCAUGAACUGCAACAAGUGAUAGUGUCUCAGUCUGGGUUUUCAUCUAGUUCAUCAAUCUCUAGGGAAUUGCAUUCUCCUGUUGUAUCACAGUCUGCUACUGUAUCUUCUGCUAAAACAACUACUUCAUCACAACACCAAGCUCCAUUGCCACAAAGGGUGAAGCCUCCUAAAGCCCGGUUACCUCCACCUUCUAAGAUACCAGAAUCUGCUGUUGUUAUGCCAGAUGAUGCUGUAACUUCCUUAGAUGUUCAGUUUGGUGCACUUCAGUUUGGUACAGAUUCAUCUCCUUUCGACUUCACAGCAAGUGAUAACUCAAACAGUUACCAGGAUCUUGGGCAAAGUUUCCAACUCUCCAGUCAUGUGAAUAAUCAAACUCUGUCGUCAGCAUUAUCACAGUCUUCUUACUCAAAUGCUUUGCCAUCUCCUGUGACUAUAAGCAAAGAUUCUACGUACAACCUUGGUUCUCAUAAUAGUCCUAAUCAGAACUCUAUUUCUAAUGAUCUUAGUCAGUCACAGAAGGUUGCAAAUCAAGAGAGCAUAUUGCUGUCUCAAAAUGAACACAAAACUGUGGAAAAUGUUUCUUCUUAUGUAAAUCAUCGAACGAAUCAACCAGGUCCUCUUGAAAGUUCGAUAAUGAGUAACAAAUCUGAUCAGAAUACAAUGAGCUCAUAUAAUAGUUCCUCUCAUGAUUCUGAGUCUGGAUAUUCAAACAACCCCUACUCAAGUCAGAAAUCUGUUUUAAACUCGUCCAAUCUUGUGCCAUCAUCAGUCAGCUAUACCCAUACGUCUUCUUCAUUAAAUAGUGGAUCUAGUGACCUAAGCAAUAGUCAGCCAUCACAACCCAAGUAUCAGAGUCAAGUUGUGACACAGGGUCAAAGCGCUUCUUCUUAUGGCUCAGGAUCGUCGUCUUAUGGCUUACAACAAUCUGCAUAUUCAGGGUCUGUAACAACUAGUGGGAGUGCAUAUCCUUCCCAGACUGGAUAUAGUUCUCACGCAUCUGGUUCUUAUGGCACAAACAACACUGGUUACAGUAGUCAACAAAAUGUUUACAGUGCUGCUGUAGCAACAACUACUCAAUCUGGAACUUUGUCUACAUCCGUUUCUAGCUCAAAGUUGACCAAUUCUCUAAGCCAUGGUGUAAAAGAUUCAUCUUUGCUAGAAUCACAACACAAUUCAUCACAGCAUACCUAUGAAGUUACCAGUACAGCCAACAGUUCAAGUGUCUUAACUGCCAGUAGCUUGGCAACUGCGUCCUCGACGAACCACUCAGCCCAAAAUUCAUCAAAUAUGAGCUCAAUGUUAGGUCUUGUUUCAACUUCCUCUUCAACGACUACGACGUCGGUGCUCAAAAAUUCUCUCUCUGCAACAGGUAAAGCAGUACCAAAUAUUCCUCAGAACAUGCCUGCUAUGCUAGGUCAUCAGUAUAUCAUGGGACAGGCAACUGGCUUGCCUUUUUAUGGUUUGCAACAACCAGUUUAUAGUUAUGAAGAAAUGCAAAUGCUGCAAUCAAAACUCGGCACCUUGGGAUUACAGUCACCUGUAUAUAGUUAUGAAGACAUGCAGAUGUUGCAGUCGAAGCUGUCUACUUUGGGCUACUAUGAUAUGCAGUUCCAAGCUCCUACAAGUAUGACUGGUCGUGAUCCUGGUAUGGGCAGUGUGGCAUAUACGGCUGAUGGCAAAUAUAGUAGAGCGGAAACUGAUGCAUCAACAGUAGCUACCACACUGUCUCAAGGACAAGCUAGCACACAGGCACAUGGUCAAGCUUUAUUUAAUCCAGCAGCUGCUCUUCCCCCUGGUUAUGGUUAUUAUUUUGCUGGUGGUAUGAUGACUGGUGGAAUUCAUCACUAUGCUGCUCCACCAAUAUUUCCGGUUCCACCUGCUACUAACACUCAUGGAGCAACAACUAAUUCUCAGUUUCAGAAAGCAAAUGCAUAUGGAUCACACUCUUAUAGUACAGGAUAUGAAAGCUUAACACAAGGACAAGAUUAUAAAAGUGCUUAUGGUGCUGCUUCUCAGAGUCAAGUUAAAGGAGUUUCAGGGUCUGGAGCAGUUCCUGAUCUCUCUGGUUCAGUUUACAGCAAAGCCCAUGCUGCACAACUUGCCAAAUCAUAUGAUAAACCCGGUUUCCAUACUGGAACUCCACCUCCUUUCAAUUUAGCUGGUAAUCAAGCUGCUGGUCCCUUGGGAGCUUCUUCUGCCCCCUAUGCAACCCAAUUCAUACCAGUUCUGGCUCACGGGCAACAUCAUUCGACAGCCCUCCUGCACCACCACAUGCAGCAGGAUACGAGUCAAACGGGGGGCACGCCGGCCUCAGGCCAAAGGGGCCCCCAAGGUCUGGGACAACAGAAGAACAGCAGUAAACAAAAUUACGCUGCCUACUGGACGAGCAACUGAUCAGAAAUAACUUCUGCACCUCGGAAAAGACCAGUCAAGGAAUCUUCCCCUGACACAAGGUAGAUGAAAUGCGGUUUUAUGAUAUAGGUGGCACUCCUUUCGAACGUUUGUGUAUUUCAUAAAUUGAAACAAGAUUUUAGAUCCCAUCUGACGGCGGAACUCGUCAAAUGUUCUUUCUUUUUCAUCAAACGCUUAUUGUUUUUCCUUUGGCAUACCUGUAAAGUAGCAGAAAUAUUUUGCCUUUGUAUUUUCUCUUAACUUUGCUGUUACAUUACAGUUCUAUUGGUAUCUUCUAUCGGAAGAACAUGUUUUUAGAUUCUUGUAUUAUUAGGUUAUAAAGAGUUUGCCUAAUGGUAUAAAUAUACGAAGGCAUCAACUAAGAACUUUUAGCUUUUUCAUACAUUUGCCUUAUUUAUUGAUAAAAAAAAGCAAAAAUCUUCUGAUAAUGUAUGUAUCGUAUCAACUUCAGAAUUGUUCCAGGAGUAUGAUAUAGAUCUUGUGUGUGGCAGUUGCUUCACUGUUAGGUUUGGUGUGUUUUAUGGUCACUGGUUAUUGCUAUGUAUGUAAUAAAGCACACUUUUGUCCUUUUGUAACCCUUAUUCUUUUCAUGAAAUACCCAGUAUAUAUAACGGAACUUAGAUAUUUUUGUGUGCUGAUGUUUAUAGAUUGUAAAUUGUGUUGUUUCAGGCAUGAAAUUUAAGUAUGAAAAAUAAAUUUUACACUUCUUAAAGCAAUUGAAGUUUUUACUAUGGCAGUGUUUGUUAAUAAAUUAUAGAAUAUUUGUUGCAUUAUCAUAUCUGUAUAGUGCUUAGGUAAUUUCUUCAUGUUGUUUUCUCUUUUAUGGAGUGCAAAGUGCACAUUAUCUCCUGCCAGACUUUUCUUUUGGAUAAAAAUUUAGGAAGGAAAAAAAGAACACUCGGAUAUAUAUCUUGUGUGAAGUGUUUGAGAAACACCGAAUGGCUCUUUCAAUUAAUCUGGUGUCAUUUUCGGAGUUAAUCUGCCGUAUUUAGAUGUAUAAGAACUGACUGCUGUUGUAAAGUCACACUAGUGUUUCAUGAGCCAUGUACAGAAAAGCCAUUCUUCAUACCCUAGCAUCUUUUUCAAAUUAUUAAAGUAUUGUAGGUAUAUAUAAAAUUAAUAAAAUUCUGAUUUCUCCCACCACACAAGAUUCUUCUUCCAUUAUUUUCGGAAUCUUGUUUGGAAAAAAAAGCACUGGAGCCGAUGUUUGAGUAUCUUUCUACACGUUUAUCUCUCAUGUUGUUCUGUGAUUUUCAGUGGUUGCUGUAUAUAUAUUCCAAAGAUGGUAUUUGCAAAAAAAAACCCAAUUUGUAUGUAUGGGAGAAAUGCCUUUGUAUUAGAAUUGAUUGUAAUUUAAGUACUAUUUUGCCGAUUUGUGAUGGAAUCAGCAAAUAAGAAAUUAAAACUUGAUAUCUUGAAAAACAUUUGUCUUAGCUAUUUUUGCUUAUGUUACAAGAAAUGAGUGCGGUUUAAGUAUACUUACAAAAUUGCAUAAUCCUGUUCUAAAUAUCCAUUUCAGGUAGUAAAAUCAUAAAAUAUACAUAGCUGUAAUAUUUCAUACAAUUUUAAAAAUCAAGAUGUGUUUAAAUGCAAUAUAUUUUUAUUACCCAAAAAAAUCCAUAUUUUGUUUAUCGACAUGAAGCAGUAUGUUAGAAUGCUUACGAACUUUAAGCUAUUUUCAGAAAAAUCAGUGUCAAGUUCGGCAAGUUUUGUAGAGGAAUGUUGGCUCUCUCAAAAAAGAAAAUACACACCUACAAGUAUUGUACAUUUUAGCCAUUCAAACUUUCAUUUGGCAUUAUAUGUGUCCUUAUCAUUAUGAUUGUUUUUUGUUCAAAAUAUGAGGUGUUUGAAGGCAUUUAAGAAUUUCUGCAGGUUCAGAGAGAAUCAUAGCAAUUUACUUAUGGCUACUUGUCUUUGUGUGUAAUUUGAUGCAUAGAUCAUUUUAAUUUUUAACAUUAAAAUUUUUAUUUGCGAUCUCUAUUGUUCAAUGCAUGUAAUAAAAACUGCGAUUUUGAGUUUGA